AACCAGUGUCAACUUCAUCUUGCCGCAGGGUCAGCAGCACCUCUGCACCAGCCAUGACAACUCCUAGCACACUGCCGCUGCUGCCACCACUCACUCCCAUGGGUGUCUGCAAGGGUGCGGUUUGCAUAACAGCCAUGGCGUUGACAGCCACCGUGGGCUCGGUCUUCAUGAUUGGGCCCAUUCUACCCCUCAUGGCCAUUCGGCCACGGCUGUUCCGCUGGGUGGCGGACUGGAUGAUGAACCUGUGGCUGCUGCUGCCGGUGGCACUUAUGGAGUUAUUCAUGGGGGUUACAAUCAUGACCUCAGGCGACACACUGCAGUCAGACGAGGGCAGCAUAAUCCUGAUGAAUCACCGCACGCGGCUAGACUGGUUCUUCUUCUGGGCGGUGCUCCAUCGCCAGAGCACGCUGCGGACAGAGAAGAUCUUGUGA